AUGAUAGUGUCUAACGUCAGUCUGAGCUGCGGCGUGAGCUGCCCAUGGGAAGUCAGUGACAGUAAGACGGUGGUCACGCAGGGAGGAGGUUCAGGUUCUCUGAGUCCUACUGGACAUCUCGUAGUGGCAGUGUGUCUGGGGUUCAUAGGUACAUUCGGUUUCCUCAACAACCUCCUGGUGUUAACGUUAUUCUGCCGGUACCGUACACUGCGUACGCCCAUCAACGUCUUGCUGUUGAGUGUGUGUGUUUCGGACCUGCUGGUCUGUGUGCUCGGGACACCGUUCAGCUUCGCCGCUGCCACACAGGGCCGGUGGCUGAUCGGUAGGGCGGGAUGCGUCUGGUAUGGCUUCAUCAACUCCUGUUUGGGUGAGUAGCAUAGUGUGCGUGUGUCGUAACCUAUCACAUUUAUCGACUAAACUUAGCCUUCCACAACCCCUAACCCUAACCUUAACCAAUUGAAAUAAUGUCAUUUUGCCGACCAACCCAGCUCAGCUGAAAGUAUUCACUAAAUGUAUUUGGCCUGGCCAGGUCUAAUGUUUUAAUGUUCAGCAGAGCUGCAUCAGCACUUUUGUCGGGAUCUUGAAUCAGAUUUUCUUAAUGAACUUCAACAGUAGCAUAAAGUGAUUAAGCAUACAAUUAACUUCGGGGUAGGAGUAUAAAUCUCCCUCUUACUCUCCGGACACUUGUGUGUGUGUUCCAGGUAUCGUGUCUCUGAUCUCCCUGGCAGUGCUGUCCUAUGAGCGUUGCUGUACCAUGCUGUGUCGGACGCAGGCGGACGGCACUGACUUCGGUACAGCGGUGGCCGGAGUGUGUUUCUCCUGGGUCUAUGCCCUGGCCUGGACACUACCCCCGCUGCUGGGCUGGAGCAGCUACGGCCCCGAGGGCCCAGGUGCGUGCGUGCGAGCAUGCGUGUGUGUGUGUGUGUGUGCGUGAAGGGACAAUAAGAAGUCUUCCAUUUAAUGAAAAUCUGUGGCAUAUGGAACUACAGUAUUUAUUAUCUAGUAACAGUAUUCAUAGUAAAAGUAUGCAUAGUAACAGUAUUCAUAGUAACAGUAAUAGUAUUCAUAGUAACAGUCUUCAUAGUAACAGUAACAGUAUUCAUAGUAACAGUAUUAAUAGUAACAGUAUUCAUAGUAAAAGUCUGCAUAGUAACAGUAUUCAUAGUAACAAUAUUCAUAGUAACAGUAAAAGUAUUCAUAGUAACAGUAUUCAUAGUAACAGUAUUCAUAGUAACAGUAUUCAUAAUAACAGUAACAGUAUUCAUAGUAACAGUAUUCAUAGUAACAUAAAUAGUAUUCAUAGUAACAGAAACAGUAUUCAUAGUAGCAGUAUUCAUAGUAACAGUAUUCAUAGUAAGAGUAACAGUAUUCAUAGUAACAGUAUUCAUAUUGACAGUGUGUAUUGUUGUACUGUGUUCUAGGGACCACCUGUUCAGUGGACUGGAGGACCCAGACACCCAACAACAUCUCCUACAUCGUCUGUCUGUUCAUCUUCUGUCUGUUACUGCCUUUCUCUGUCAUACUGUACAGCUACGGCAAGCUGCUCAGCGCUAUCAAACAG